AUGGGUCUUUUUGAACGAUAUGAUUGUGCAAAUUACUCUAUUAUUUCUACCACAGUGGUAGAGCCCUACAAUUCUAUUCUGACCACACCCACCACCCUCGAGGCCACCAAUGAGGCCAUCUAUGAUAUCUGCCAAAAUAACCUGGACAUAGAGUGGCCUACAUACACCAACCUCUUCCACCUCAUUGGCCAGAUCGUAUCAUCGAUAAUCGCCUCCCUGCACUUCGACAGAGCUCUCAACGUUGAUCACAGGUUCCAAACCAACCUGGUGCUGUAUCCUUGCAUCCAUGUCCCCUGUUCAAAUACCAUGACAUCACACGUGAUCUCCACAGAGAAGGCAUAACACGCUCAGCUGUCAGUUGAGAGGACCAUUCAGUUUGUUGACUGGUGUCCUACAGGGUUCAAGGUCAGCCUGUUUGGUAUCAACUACCAGUUGCCGACUGUGGUUCCAGGAGGCAAUCUGGCCAAAGUUCAAAGGGCAGUCUGCAUGUUGAGCAACACCACAGCCAUCGCUGAGGCCUGGGCACGCCUGGAUCACAAGUUUGAUCCAAUGUACGCAAAGAGAGACUUUGUGCACUGGUACGUCGGAGAAGGUAUGGAGGAGGGUGAGUUUGCGGAGGCCUGUGAAGAUUUAGUUGCUCUCGAGAAAGAUUACGAAGAGGUGGGAGUCGACACUCCCGAAGAGGAAGGAGAAGAAAUUUGA